AUUAAUAAUUUAUGGAGAAUUAUUACAUGUCCCAUGACAAAAUCAAACUUUUCAAUUAAUAAAAUAUUACUACAAGCAACUGUGUUAAAUUUUACAAAUAUUCACCCACUGACACUAUACUUGAAAGCAAUCCUAUGAAUACUAUUUUCCACCCUCAAAGACACAAAGCACAAAUCAAGCAAACAGGCAUAAUUGAAAAGUCCUGCAAAUCUCCUUAACUUAAAAACACCUAGCCGAGCGUUGGAUGGAGGAAAGGUUAACGUGCGAGGGUAGGGGUACACACGUGGAAGAAGAGGAUGGUACGCACGUGGAACGAAGGCAGCCGAGGGAGAGGAGAAAAAAAAAAGAGUACGAAGAAAAAGGCCGGCCCAUGGUGGAGUGGGGUCGGAUGGUACGUAGUCAGUGAGUAAGGGGUGAGAGUGGGUGAUAGUAGGUGGUAGAUCUCUAGUUAGCCAAGACACAUUGACAAGGCAUCGUGCCAGCAUGGCAGCAGCAUGCUGUGCUGUGUCCGAGGACUUCUUCUUCUUUUUGUCACCUCAAGAUUGACAUUCGUACUUCAUCAUUCUCAGACUGGACUCUGCUGGUGAACUUUUGCUUCAGUGAACCAUUCCUUGGAUUUUUCUUAUUUCUCUUCGGUGUUCCUUUGUGAAGAACAGUGUUCAAGGUGCAAUUAUGUCUUCAAGGUGCUUCAAAGUCAGACUGAAACCAGUGUUGUGAGAAGAAGAAUACUUCAGAGAUGACUGAGAAGAGAAUCAAGGAUCUGUACAAGAAUAGGAAGAAAUAAAACAGUGCUGAUGAUAUUGUAUGAUAGUUGAAGUUCUAGUGUUGAUUGAACAUUGAUGAUGAUGACUUUCCUGUGAAUGAUUGUGGAAGUUUGGUAAUCUUCUUCAACUGGAUCAUUUUAACAUUGCUGGAUGUUAUAAUUCUUGUUUUCAAGUGACCAAAAGUAGUUUGUUCAGGGUGCAUCUUUGUGGAAUGAUAUGUUUUAGAACGGUGGGACUAAUUCUUGGAUAGAUGAUCAUUUUCAGUCAUUGAAGAUGGAGAACCGAAUCACGUGGGAAGAUGCACAUGGUUUUCAGGCUAUGAAUGAAAGUAUCUGGCAGAUUUUCUGCAGAAGCCUUUAGAGGAAACCGGCAGGUCUUCCAAGCCAUAAAGGGCGACCAGAGGGGCUGGACCACAUCUCUACAGAGAGGAGGCAAUCCAUCCGUGUAUUUUGUCGAGAGGCGGGGAAAGGGGGUGUCUCUAAGGGCGGCUGCGACCAGAAAUUUCGCAGAGAUGGAGUUUCUGCAGAAUCAUCACACGGUGAACACCUCCGAACCGCCGUACACCCUCGGCACAGGUUCGGUGGGAAGCAUCGAGGCCACCAUACCUUCCGGCCUUUGUACCGGGCCUCUUGGAGUGUUAUCCAACGAAGACACCCUAACAGAUAAUCAAAACGAAGAAACUCUGGGUGCUCUGCAGGGCACCCUUCGUCUGCAGGAUCUGCAGAACUCGCCGGAGGAUAUCGGUGCCGAUCAAACACAACAGAUCCAAAAUUCGGGACAAAAUCAAGUGGUCAGCGAGUUUGGGGCCAGUUUCUGGGUGGACGACAUGGCUGGCUUUCCAUUGCCACCCUUGGAUUUGGACCCUUUACCUCCUGGCCUCUUCAGUCCCUGCUCUGGAACCUACAAUUGGGGUUGCACCAGAGGCGAAUGCGCCCCGAGGACGGGGAACGGUAACGGAGAAGGUGUCGCGGAUGUUUUACUAUCCUUGAAACAUGCGGUGGUUCAUCCCGGAAGUCCUACAGGCGGAUAUUAUUCCACCGGAGGAUCGGGUCAUCAUUACUCGCAGGAUUACACGCAAAAUCUUGGUCCACCUGUACCACCCACCCACUACACCUCCACCCCAGCCAUGUCCGUGAACGUUUCCAUGAACAUGACGAUGAAUAUGAACAUGCAUUCGGGGUACGAGCAGAGCUAUUCGUCGGCCUGGGGCGUGGAACCCCUUUUAAGUCCCGCCCAGCAGUAUAAUCCCGUAGAGCAGCAGACGAGGGUGAAUCAACCCCCGGCCAAUAGCCUGAUCGGCACCAGCACCCAUCCUCAUUCUCAUCCCCCGACGCACGGCCAUUCCAGGCUACAGCUGUCGAGUGAGCAUGCGCUAUGCAUAACCGCCUCCGGAAACCCGGUCACACCCGAUGACAAUGGCAGACCUAACCUCUGUAGAAUAUGCGGCAAAUCGUACGCCAGACCCAGCACCCUCAAAACGCACCUCAGAACGCACUCUGGGGAGAAACCGUUUAGGUGUCAUGCGUGCUCGAAGGCAUUUAGUCAAGCAGCUAAUUUAACCGCCCACGCGAGGACUCAUUCUGGGGAAAAACCGUUUCGAUGUCCCGUAUGCGAUCGAAGAUUUUCACAAAGCAGUUCGGUAACCACACAUAUGAGAACGCAUUCAGGGGAACGUCCAUAUAGAUGUCGAUUCUGCAAAAAAGCAUUCUCGGACAGUUCCACCUUAACGAAACAUCUUCGUAUUCACUCCGGUGAGAAACCGUACCAAUGCAAGCUGUGUCUAUUAAGGUUCAGUCAAAGCGGUAACCUUAACAGGCAUAUGAGAGUCCACGGUGGCUCUCUAACGUGACACAGCUCAAUAUCGAUUAUCGAUAACAAUCGCGUUUUACCGCGAUGCUGUCGAAUACCUGUGAUUCAACUUGGUUCGAGCUUACCUGAGUAAAUGUAAAAAAAUAAACUAAUUGCGACGGUCGAUACUCCUAGAACAGGGUGUUCUGCCUCCUGACUGAUUCAAAUACGCGGAAACGAAACACACGCUUUGUUAUUCAAGGGCUUAACGACGUUUGGAUAUUUUUUUAAAACGAUACACAAGACAAGUAAUAAUCACAAUAUGUGUUUGUAUUUGGCAUUAGGAACUCGUCGAGAAUUCAUUAUAGUUAUCAUCUUCUUGAAUCGGAACAGCGAAUCGAAGGAAAAUUAGAAAACGAAUAUAUGAAACGCCAUUUAAUAUAUAUAUAUAUAUAUAUAUCUUAAAAAAUGAAUUCUGCCCUCGCAAAUAUUUCUCCUGAUCAUUUUCGUUCAUCUGUGCGUUUACGAGAAUCGUUACAAACGGGUCAGGAUAGGUUAAGAAACAGGGUAUCGCAUAUGUAGACCUAACAGCAUCCACCACAGCACCGUUGAUUAUUGUACAAAUAUUGUAUUUAUUAUAAUUAUUAUUAAUUAUAAUAUUAAUGUUGCUGUUUUCACCACCUUCAAUUUUUCAUUAUGUGGCUUUUUCUUUGUCAGUUUGCUUUCUUUUGUAAUUGUAAAAUGAAGGUGUUUUGGCGCCAUUUAAAAAAAAAAACGAUCUCUCUCUUUCUAUAUAUAUAAUAUAUAUAUAUAAUAUUCAUAUGAGAACAACUGAUUAAAAACGGAUGAAUGAAUAUGUGAGUUUCUGGUUGUUUCUUUUUUUCUUUUUUUUUUAGUUUUCUUGUAAUCCCACAGCAUCAGGACCCACAUAUUUUUCUCAUAGGAAGAAGGGAGGAAAAGGAGGUUUCAUGUUUUACUGGCUAGUUGGUAAUCGAAGUGGGGUAGUAGAUACUAGUUCAUGAAUCCUCAUAUUAAUUUGCCUCUCUUCACAAUUACAACUAUAUAUAUAAGAACAACUCUCUUGUCCUCUUCGUAGAAUAGUGUCUCCUCUUCAUUCGUCAAAAUUCUCUCGCUCGCUCUCGUUCUCUCUUUAUAAUAUAAUAAUGUAUUUAUAAGUAAUAAUAUUUCUUGACAAAAAGAAAAAGAACGUAUGUAUAAUGUUUCUACGUUAUGUACCCAGUGUACAGCUGCUAGCGAAGACGAGUUGGCCUCCUCUUGUUACCUCUCUAUAUCGGAAGUCUUCUAAAUAAGCAUGCAGCUUCGUGGACCAUCUCGUCCCGCUUCAGACAUACCCUUGUCGUGUAAAUUGUGUACGGUCACGUGCAACUUAGGCUUCUUUUAAUUAAAGAAAAGCGAAGAGGGGAAAAAUGUCCCGCCACUCGCCUUUGUUCUUUGUGUGCGAGGAUAGGAGGUUAUAGGUUAGGCUGCGACUACAGUGAAAACAUUCUCUAACAAAUAAUGAAAUAAACAAAUUCUUAAGAGAUUGGUUACAUUGUAUACAUUCCGAAGAAUAUUACAAAUCUAUUCGUCAGAAGAUUAGUGCGUUAGAAAAUGUUUUCACUGUAACUGUAGUCUUAGGCUCUCCCUAGGGAAUUUCUUGACUUCCCUAAGACCUAAGGCUAGUGGUGGGGGGUUCUCCCUCUACACUUAUUCUUAAUCAUAGGAGGUCUACGUUGCACCGAGGUGUACGUAGCGUAUUUCUAUUUAAAAAUGUAUAAUGUCAUCUCUGUCACGCUGUGUACGUAUUUUGUGAUGCUUUGUUUUAUUUCUUCUUUGAAAUCUUUCUCUCUCUCUCGCUCUCGCUCUUUCUCGCUCGCUCCUACACAUCGUGUGUCUCGUAGUAUUAUCGAUCAAGUGUUGCUUAGAUCAGUUGGAAUGGUUUUUUUUUCAUCCGCUUUGAAAGCUUCGAAGCAAAAGCUCGUAUGAAUGAAUGUAUGUACGUGUAUACGUGUGUAAUGUGUAUGCGUGUAUCCCAGAGGCAUCGAUGAAUACCAAACGUUUCAGUCUAUUUUUUUUCUUUCGAACGUGUUUUUUUUAAAUAUAACAAAAAAAAAAAGGAAAAGAAAACACUUUAUCUGGCAUAUAUCGACCGCUGAGAACAAAAAAAUUAAUUAUCUAUACAUAUCACUUUUUCUUUUCUUUCUUUCCCGCAAUUUGCGUGUCUCUUAAAAAACACACGAGGUUCGA